UAAUGCAACGUUAACAUAGUCGUAACAGAAUGGAGAAUGGAGAUUUGUUUUUGGAGGUGAAAAUCGCGAAAUAGUUAUUGAUUUGCAAUUAGAGCCAGUGGCCACCGCUCAGACUGGUCACGCACGACAUCCACAGGGCCCCGUAGCUGAUUCGGAGCUGCUCCACUUCGAGUGCAAAUCCGAUUACCCAGUGCGAGGCAAAGUGUGCCAACGCACACCCCAACGCCCCCGCCCAGAAGUGCAUAGAAACGCCAGCGGAAGUGGCAUAGGGAUCACGCUGCGCGCUCCACUGGCCAGUUGCCACACGCUCAGCACUCACUGGCCACGCCCACGGCCACUGCCACCGCCAUUGCCACCGCCACUGCCGCCGCCACAAGAUGCACCUGAGCGCGGACAUUUCCAGCGCCCUGCAGCAGAUCGAGGCUGUGAAGAAGGGCAUCGAUGAGUCCGACGACCCCAAGCUGCAGAUGCAGACGGCCGAGAGCCUGAACACCAUCCUGGGCAUCCUGCAGGACCCCGUCUUCCGCACCAUCGUCCACGUGCAGGACUCGCUCUCCGAGCUCAACGCCCAACUGGGCCAGCACCCGUCCAUGCUGCCCAACGACUUCGACAUCGAUGUGGCCGGCAACCUUGUGCUCAGCCUGAAUGGCGGCGAGGUGAUGUACGACUUUGACGAGCAGCGCUCCUCCUCCCACUCCCACUCGGCGCAGGGCAGUCCCGACAAGUCGGGCGGCGUCGGCGAGGAGCCGCGCCCACAGAGCCAGAACUCCAAGGGCGCCGGAGCGGCGGAUCUGUAUGCCACGGACUACGCCCAGAUUCAGGCCAUUGAGUUGGUCAACGACGGCACGGGCCUCGGGUUCGGCAUCAUCGGAGCCCGCAACUCGGGAGUGAUUGUGAAGACCAUCCUGCCGGGUGGUGUGGCCGAUCGCGAUGGACGCCUGCGCUCGGGCGAUCAUAUUCUGCAGAUUGGAGAUGUUAACCUGCACGAAAUGGUCUCCGAGCAGGUGGCCGCCGUGCUGCGUCAGUCCGGAACCCACGUCCGCCUGGUUGUCGCCCGUCCCGUCGAGCAGAAUGUGCCCACACCGCAGUACGCUCUGGAACCGGGCACUGCUGUGGUGCCAACGCGCGUCCUCGUCGAUCCCGCCGAGCUGGAGCGAUACCUCAUCUCCACCGGCUAUCCGGAGAUCUUUGGCGAGAGCUCCACGGCCUCCACGCCGCAGACCACCACGGAAGAUGAUCGGUUUGUGUAUCGCGGAGAGACCUCCAUGCUUAUUGACCCCAGCAUCGACCUGGAGGAACUGCUGGCCCUGCCGGAGACGGAGAAGCUGCAGGUGGAGCUGAAGAAGGAUGCCAACGGCCUGGGCAUCACCAUUGCCGGCUACGUGUGUGAGAAGGAGGAGCUGUCUGGCAUAUUCGUUAAGAGUGUCUCGCCGGGAUCGGCGGCUGACCUGAGUGGGCGCAUCCGUGUCAAUGAUCGCAUCAUCGAAGUGGACGGUCAGUCGCUGCAGGGCUACUCGAAUCACCAGGCCGUCGAGCUGCUGAAGAAGUCUGGUCAGGUGGUGAAUCUCCGCUUGGAACGCUACCUGCGUGGUCCGAAAUUUGAGCAACUGCAGCAGGCAAUCGCUGCUAAUGACAAGCUUCCGUCCAGCGCUCCUGGAACGCCUUCAAGGGCCCCCUUGCCCACGCCGGUGGCAACCACGUCCUCGGCCACCACUACGCCAUCGCGCAGUAUCACCAGGGAGCUGGAAGAGGAAGCUUUACCGGCGCCAGAGGCAUUCAUGACCACGCCGCCGUCGGCAACCACAAUGACCACCACCACUUUGAGCACCUUUGGAGCGGGUAAACAACUGGUGGCGGUAAGGGAUUCCCUGGAUGGCUCCACGAAGAUCAUACCCACGGAGGUUGUACCGUUGGCGGAUAAAACAGAGGCCAAGAACAGCGGUGUGAUCACCCGUCACAAGUACUACACGGAUCCGGAGCUCUCCGACGACGCGGAAACCGAGAUCAUUCGCAAGUGGCAGAAGAUUGUGGGCGCCGAUGUGGAGGUGAUUGUGGCCCAGAUCAAGAAGUUCGCCGUUGGCGGCUUGGGAAUCUCAUUGGAGGGAACCGUGGACGUGGAAGGAGGACGCGAAGUACGACCCCAUCACUAUAUCCGAUCGAUCUUGCCCGAUGGACCCGUGGGCGUCAAUGGAGUUCUCCGCUCUGGCGAUGAGCUGCUGGAGGUGAACGGCGAGCGGCUGCUGGGCAUGAACCACCUGGAGGUGGUGGCUAUACUCAAGGAACUGCCGCUGGACGUGCGCAUGGUGUGCGGUCGCAACAGGAACACCUCGCUGCUGCCCUUCUCCGAUGACACCCUGAAAAAGCUGAGUAACAACUUUGAGAACCUGUUGCCCGCCACAGAUCGCCUGGUGAAGGCCAAGUCGGAUGGCAGUCUGGCCACCGCUGGCUCCGUGGCCGAUGGUGAUUCUGUGGCUGCCGCCGCCGCUUCGUUCAGCAAGCUUAAGUCGCGUUCCCUGGAGCCGCUGACCGGACUGGCCAUGUGGUCAUCCCAACCGCAAAUCAUCGAGCUGGUCAAGGGCGAUCGUGGCCUGGGCUUCUCCAUUCUCGACUACCAGGAUCCGCUGGAUCCCAACGACACACUGAUUGUAAUCCGUUCAUUGGUGCCAGGAGGAGUGGCUCAGUUGGACGGACGCCUUAUUCCCGGAGAUCGCUUGUUGUUCGUGAACUCCAUUAACCUGGAGAACGCCUCGCUGGACCAGGCCGUGCAGGCUUUGAAGGGAGCCUCGAAGGGAGUGGUGCGCAUUGGCGUGGCCAAACCCCUGCCCAUGACGGACAACUCGCUGAAGGCCUGCAGCAAUGCGAGCACCACCAGCGAGGAGACCCUGGACGCGCAGCCUUCGCCUCCGGCCCUGCCCACAGCUGCUCCGCCCGCUAUGCCGCCCACUGCCUCCCUGGGAGCUGAACCGGAUCUGAUUCCCGACUGGCGGAAUUAGCCACAACGAAGAAUAGGAAACAUUCCAGGCAGCUGAAUCUUUAAACCUGUUCCUGCAUCCGAUCAAACGAGAUGGCAUUGCAGUACCCCUUGCCUUGACAGAAGAAACUCUUAAAGUUUAUAAACCAAAAUCAUGAUGCCUUCAAAGUUGGCGGGAUGCAGGGAUACAGGAACGAUUGUUAUACCGAAUCAAAAUGUUAUGCAUAUUAUUAGCACCGAAUUGUGUUUGUCCCUCGAAAACGAGCAUUCCGCAAGCAUGCAAUAUCUAAACCCCUAGUAUUAGCAAAUGAAUUUUAACAUGGUAUUUCCAGAGUGUUUGUGUACUUAUACUAAACUAAAUUAAAUAAUGUACCUUCCGUA